GAGAACAACACCUGCAAUGGCAUGUGUGUUUUAGAUCCGCUUGGACCAUGUACUUGCAUUUUGCUGCUUUUUGUUUUGUACAUGUACUGCUUUUUACGAGGACAGAAUCAUUAGUUACAGAAACGUUCAAUCAGGAUCCUAUAAAGAUUAGCAUAGAGACUUCACGUAGCCAGUAUGUUGUUGAUAAGAACUUUGUUAGUUUUGCCUUUGGAGAUUCUGCUAUCAAACGACACUGGAAGCAAAUAGAUUUACGAUCUCAAAAGAUUCAAGAACUUGCCAGGGCACUGUCUCCUUCAUUUUUGAGACAAGGAGGAACUGAGAGCAGCUUCUUUCUAUUUGAUCCUAAUGCAGAACACCAAGACUCUUAUUUUUUGGAAACUUAUGAAGAUGAUACUCAGGAAAAAACAUACACAAAUUAUACAGUAACUGGCGAAGAAUGGGAUUUGUUAAACAAGUUCAGUUCAGCAGUUGACUUCUCACUACUGUUUGACUUCAAUGUCCUACUACGUACCCCUAAUGACCAAUGGGACCCCAGCAAUGCCAAGUUGUUACUGGACUACAGUUCUAAGAGAGGAUAUAAACUCCAUUUUGAACUGGGGAAUGAACCAAACUCCAUGCAUCAUGCUGUUGGCAGAGGAGUUGAUCCAUUGCAACUUGGAUCUGAUUUCAAACUUUUAUACAAGAUCCUUAAAAGCCAUCCAUUUUAUAACAAUAGCCUGUUAGUUGGACCGGACACAACAAGGCCUAGAAAACCCUCAGUUCUGGAUUAUAUGGAGAAGUUUCUUAGUGUGGCUGCAGAUGUUUUAGAUGUUGUUACAUGGCAUCACUACUACUUUGAUGGCAAGGACUGCAGCGUGUCAGACUUUUUAGAUGUUGAUCUGAUGAAUUUACUGGCAACCUACAUAUCUGACAUGCGGCGUGUGGUGGACAAGUACAAGCCUGGUGCUGUCAUGUGGCUGGGGGAGACAGCAGAUGCUUGGGGUGGAGGAGCAAAGAAUCUCAGUGAUAGAUACCUUGCUGGUUUCAUGUGGUUAGACAAACUUGGACUGAGUGCAGCCAAAGGCAUAAGUAUGGUAAUAAAGAACACUCUUCAGGGUGGAGCAUAUGGGGCAAUUAGAAUGGACGGCACGCCUGCACCAACCUAUUGGAUUUCUUUACUUCAUAAGCAUUUGGUUGGUGAAACUGUUCUGAAUGUCACAUGUGCAUCCAAUGUCAGCGUUACCUGCCAAAGACAAGUAAGGGUGUAUGCACAUUGCACCAGAACCCUCAGUAUAUAUGAGAAAGGUUCUGUGACUCUUAUUGCCAUUAACCUUCAAGAAGACCAAGCAGCUGUUAUAAAUGUACCAGAGAGAAGCAUUGAUCAAUAUCUACUCUCUCCAUAUGGCAGUGAUGGUAUCACAUCUAGGGAAAUCGCUCUGAAUGGUAAAGUUCUCAGGUGGAAAUUUGGCCAGUUGCCUUCAUUCCCACCCAAGAAAUUGUCUCCAGGUUCCAGCAUCAGUCUUCCUCCACUGACAUAUGGAUUCUUUGUUUUACCUAAAGCAAAUGCCAAAGCUUGUACCUAAAUUUAAUCUUACGAAACUUUUACAAAACAUGAAGAACUUAAAAAAAUGGAGUGCUGUGGUACUGGUAUGUGUGAUGAUCAUGUAGAAAUGGUUGAGUUGAAUGUAACAAGGCAUUCAGGAUCUUUCAAAUGUUGCUUAAUUUGAGAUAUUGCAGCCAAGAACAAACUGCCAUAACUAACCUUAGUUUCAUACAAAUCUUAGCAUUUAGUCAAACCAAUUACUUUUCAACUUGUAUAAUGUGUUUAUUGUUAUGGAUGUUCUAGCAGGGCCACAGUACAUUGUAUGUUUCAAAUAUUUGUUAUAAAUAUCCAGUAAAUUUAAGCGUAAUGUAUUUAGCAGUGGUCUUUUUCCUUUAGAAGGCUCCUGAUGCUCAUUUUGUCAUUGAAAUACUGAUUCUAAUAAGCUUCAAAAACAGCAUUUCAUUUAGCAGAAAAUUAAGUCAUUAAUAGUUAUUCCUUAAAAUUGAAGCAUUUGAAAUUGUUUUGAAGUAAAAAUUCAAGAAUAUCAUAACAUAGCAUCUACAUAUCCUGGUCAAUUCUUCGCUCAUAGAAAAAAUGACAAAUAUUUCAGCCUUUUGAUGUAAAUAUAUAUUCUAAAUAUAUGUUAGAAUAAACAUUUCUAUGUCACUUCUUUAUUUAAUUAGUCUUCAUUUCUUUACAACUUCCAAUACCAUAUAACAAAAAUAAAUAGGUUUAAUUUCUAGCUCAUUAUCAGUUUCCUUCUCGCAUGAUAAGUAUAUUUCUUGUGAAAAAAUGAAAUGUCUUAUUUCUGAAAUAUCUUGAAUAAGAAAAUCAACUCUG